AUGGCGGUGAGCGAUAAGAAAUUUAAUGAGAUCAUGACACAUAACAAAAUGCUUGAGACACAAAUCACACAACUAUCAAACACUUUAAAAGAUUGUGCUAGUCCUUCUUCAUUGCCUUCUCAAGGAAUUGAUCCUAAGAAACCUGUUUAUUCCAUCACCACAAGGAGAGGAAGAGUUCUUGAAGAGAAAGUUUCUAAGGAUUGUGAGGAUAAGGAGAAGAGUGUUUCAAGAGAGAAAAAAGAGGAAGAUGUGUCAAAAGAUGUGAGUAAAGAGGAGAGCCAUGAAAAAAAGAAGAGUGUUGAGAGAAAGCAAGAGGAAGUGAGAAAACCCGACCUUUCAUAUCCCCAAAAGUUUAUGAGGAACAAAUUAGAUGAAAAAUUUGGGAGAUUUCUUGAUAUGUUGAAGGAGGUCCAUCUUUUUAUCCCUCUUACCGAAGCCAUGACCCAAAUGCCUAGAUAUUCCAAAUUCCUUAAGGAUAUCUUGAGUGGAAAGAGAUAUUGUAAUGAGAUAGAUUCGGUAGAGCUUGGUGAGUGUUAUAGUGCUUUGAUUCACAAUGACCUCCCAAAGAAGAUGAAAGAUCCGGGGAGACCAUUCUUAGCUACUUCGGGAUCUUUGAUUGAUGUUAAGGGAGGCCGUAUUACUUUGAGUGUUGGUAACAAGAAAGAGAGCUUUGAGCUAAAACCGAUGCAAGAGUCUUUAUCCCUUCUGAAAGGAUUCAAGAGUGAUGAUUCCCUUCGUUCAUUUGAUAAUGUGUAUGUGAUUGAUUCUUCAUCUAAAAAUGUUCAUGAUAUUUUUGAUAAUGUGCUUGUGAGUUUUGAUUGCAUGAAAGUUAGUGAAGAUAAGAAGUGUUUCGGGGUUUUCUGA